GAAAUAUCGUUCUGGGAAGUUGAAUGAUACGAUUUUGGAAGAGGUUAAGGAGGAUACCCCUAGCUUUCCAGAGUCUUCAAAAAUUUAUAACCCGACGUUUACAGAAGGAAAUCAUCAGACAUCUCAAGAGAUAAUCUACGAGAAUGUAGGGAAUCAGGCAUUGAACUAUUCAUUACCUCACAUAAACAAGAUCGGAGCAAUAGAGAAUAUGAAAUAUAAUUCAAUUAAAAGGACAAAUGACUUAUAAACUACAACAACAUUACCGUUAACAAUAUUAUCGUAGAGGAUAAUAUUGACGCUCCCAUCAGAUCUUUCUCGACAAAGAAUAGGGUUAAAGGGAAACACACCUUUAGGAAGAAAGAACGAUCUGUAGGCGGAAAAUAUCGAGAAAGUCCUAUCAUACAAAACCUUAUUAUUAAAUUGAAUAAUAGAACCAUCAUGCAGAAGAAUGAUUUCCAAGAAAUCAAGGAUAUUGCUUUACAACUCAAGGAUGAUCUUAAUAAUCCGAUGCCUAUCGAAGCUAUUAAGAUUAAAGUUAAUGAUCUUGUUAAUCAAAUCGAGGAGAUUGUAGAGGAGAAUAUUGAAAGGCAUAUGAGGUCGAAGUCUUCCAUUUUUGAUAGCCACUCUGAAAGUAAUGCUACCUCUCCUAAUCCUAGUACAAUCCAAGUACAGAAGAACACUGAUCCAAUGAUAGAUUUAACAAACCCGGAGCAAGUACUACUCGCUUCAAUCCUCCAAGGAUCCAAACUUGGCUCCAAAGUAGUCAGCAUUAGAGAUGCUUCUAGAUUUAGAAGCAAAUAAGCGUAAUAGGCGAAGAUAUCGCAAAGCUGCAAGCAAUUCUGGAGCAAUGCAUCCUUAUAAAGAAAGGCUAAAUGAAGAGAACAAGUUUGACCAGACUUCAAUAAAAGCUAUAAAUAAGCAGCUUAAGCCAAGCAUGCUUGCUAGAAGGAACUUACCGAGAAUGGAUCUCUCAGUUAGCCAUAUCUCUGAAGAGACUAGAAAAUAGGAAGAUACCUCCAACUUAUACCUCAAGCACAGCUGAUUUGGACCAGAAAAUGAUAAAUUGCCUCAAGAAGUACAUGAUCUCCCUUUCUGAUUGAGAAAAUGACUUUGAAGAUUUCCAAGACAGUGACUUUGCUGAAGUUAUUGCAAAGGAAGUCCUAUCAAAGCCAGAUUAUAGAAGAUUUGUUAUGAAAAACAGCUCUCUUGAGAAAGAUAGGUUUGAAGACCAAAUGCAAAACUCAAUAUUCUUACUUCUAAAUGGAAUAAUGAGCUCAGUUGGAUUACUUUCCCUUACCAAAAAUAUUUCAAAAAGUAAGGAGCUAGAUGAGAAGAUUCCCAAGCUUGUUGAACUCCUUUCUUGGAUUUGAGAGGUUGAGAAAUGCUCUUUAUAUCUCUAUAAUAACGAGAAGGGAUGCUUAUAUACCAAAGCUACUACAGGAAGAGCUUUAAAACAGCUAGAAAUUUCAAUAAAAAGUGAAAAUCAUGUUGUGAAUUCCUUCGUAAAUGGCAAAAAUAUUAUCCAGAACAACCUAAAAGAAGAUAAAUUCAAAAGCAAAGAAGGAGAUAUGAAUUCAGAUAUCUUCAUCAGAAAUUAUCUCUGAGUCCCUAUAAACUAUGCCGAUUUCUCAAUAGGAGUCAUCGAGCUUGUUAAUAAGACCAAAGGCUGAAAUUUUGGUGAUUAUGACACUACAUUACUUGAGAAGGUAAGUAAGAAACUAGCAAAUGGACUUCUCCAAGAAGAGAUGAGUACUCAUAUGAAAGCGGAGAAAGCAAGAGAGACAAUUCUAGAACAGAAGUUAAAUAAAACUAACCUUCAAAUUUAUGCUCCACUCUUUAAUAAUUUAUACAAAGUUAUCGAAGAUACUCUUGGGUUUGAGAAAGCAGUGCUAUAUCUCUAUGACAGCAGGAUAAAAAUAUUCUAUGAUCUUUCAAAAUUUAGUGAGGUUAGUAAGUCUUCUACCUCUGGGAAAGAAGACCCCAACCUACACGGAGUGGUAAAGAUCCAUUCAAAGCGAGGAUUCAUUGGUAAAAUAUUCUCAGAAGGAGAAAUACUGGCAGCAAAUACUACUGAAGAAGUGAAUUCUAUGCUAGAGAUCGAGGAAAAGAAUAUUUCGAAUAUUUAUCCUGAGCUUAAUGUUAUUAAACAAACAAUUGGAAUUCCGAUAGAAUCAUCUACUGAGGAAAAGAUAAUUGGAAUCCUUCAGCUAUAUAACAUGAAACCAAAGGAUGCUUAUAAUUCAUGAAAUGCCUUUUUAGAGAAAAAUAAGGAUAGCAUAAGCGGACUUUCAGAGUACUUAUCAACACUUAUACAACAGAGUGAGAAAUCUAAAGAGGUGAUGCAUAAAAAUGAAGUUCUUGAGAAAAUGGCCAAUUCCACCAAUGAAUGCCUUAUUUAUACAAAUACACAAAGCAUUAUUCAAAUGGCUUCAUCAUCAGCAUCAAUUCUGUUUGGAGUGAGUAAAGAGAAGCUUAUCGGGGCUCGUAUUAACCAAAUUCUCAAUAAGAACAACCCUGAAAUGACUUUAAUGAUUAACAACUCGAUUAUGCAAAAGGAACGAGAAUUUCUUGUCAUUGAAAAUAUAUGGUUUAACUUGGCUCCAGCCAAGCCUAAGAAUGAAGAUUCAUCCACAGAAAGGGUUAAGAAGGAUGAUUCUCAUUGCAAAAGAAUCAGAAUAAACCUCUGAUGUUUUAAAAUGACAAAGACAGUCUACUCUCUUGGCUAUAUAUUCGUAAUCCAGCCUAUAAUUUCAAAAUAAUUUUCAACAAGAG